UUGUGGCCUUUCAUUAUCAACGUGAGGCGGCCCAUAGGUGCUUCAAUACGUGAAAAUACAUUAUCGACCAGGCCGAUACUUAUUUCUGGCUCUUCGCCAACUUCUGCUUCCAAUUUCUGCUCCACGUUAGUGCCUGCUUAUGGGGUGGACUUUGGCGAGUCUCGUUUAAGAGAUAACUGGGCACCAUUAGAAUCUCUUCCUCCUCCAAUUCCGCCUCACUCUUCUGCCACUUUGCCCUGCCCGUCUGGAAAACGUGGCAACAUACUUAGUGGCCGUCUGCUGCCCGAAAAUUUGCCUUCAUCUACUGGCCGACUCUCACGCACCGGCCUAACUGGACAUAUCACGGUAUGA